GCCCGUUCCAUUUACAAGGAACUCAGCGCUAGAACUGAAACUUCAUCUCAAAACAAGACGCAAGACACAGCUUCGUCUCGACCUGCCCAUAUACAUACCUAUUUUCUGGCUGUUGUCAAAGCUCGACUUCAUACUGUUCGAAGUGCUCCAUCUGUAGCAGCCCCAGUUGUCUGCUCAUCUCUCACGUUCAACGGAUAUAUUCGUCUUACCUUCGCUUCAACUCUGACGUCGUCCAUCCGUUUCCCCUCUUUUCAGGCUCAUUUCCUUUGCAUUUUCUUCUGUAUUUUCCGUUGUUCUGUGUUUGACAAGUCACCAAGUCGGUGGUAGUAAUCGUAUCCUCUUGGUUUCUCGGCCGACACAGCACUCUGAGACUUAGAAGAAGCUGAGAAUCGUCACAUCACCCAACUAAGAUGGCGACUCCCGUGGAUCUCAAAAUCCCCGACUUUGAAAAUACCUCGAUGGAGGAUAUCUCCCGCGUCACCGACACUCUCCGUGCAACUUUCCGUUCCAGCAAGACCAAGGAUCUCCAAUGGCGUCUGGUCCAACUUCGCAAGCUAUACUGGGCCAUCAAAGAUUACACGCCGGCUCUCUGCAAUGCCCUCCGGGCCGACCUGCGCAAGUCUAAACACGAGGCCCUCCUCAGCGAGAUCGACUGGGUAGCCAACGAUUGUAUUUUUCUGUCCAAGAAUCUCGAGCGCUUCGCCAAGGACGAGCCCGGCGAAGACGUCCCCUUGACUUUCGUCUUCAUGCGUCCGCACGUCCGCAAGGAGCCCCUUGGCAUGGUCCUCAUCAUCGGUGCCUUCAACUUCCCCGUUCAGCUUGUCCUUACGCCCCUCAUCGGCGCCAUUGCGGCCGGCUGCACCGCUGUCGUGAAGCCUUCCGAGAAUGCCCCCCACACCGCCAUGGUUAUAAAGAAGUUGGUUGAGACAGCCCUUGACCCCUCCGCCUUUUCUGUCGUCAAUGGCGCCAUCCCCGAGACCCAGGCUCUCAUGGAUAUCAAGUGGGAUAAGGUCAUGUAUACCGGUAGCACCCACGUCGCCAAGAUCAUCUCUCAGAAAGCCGCCGAGACUCUCACUCCUGUCUGCCUCGAGCUGGGCGGUAUCAACCCUGCGUUCGUCACCCGUCAUGCUGACGUCAAGCUUGCCGCACGUCGCCUGGCCUGGUCCAAGACCCUCAACGCUGGUCAAGUCUGCCUGUCGCAGAAUUAUGUCCUCGCCGAUCGCACCAUCGUCCCCCAACUCAUCACCGCUUUCAAAGAAAGCUACAAGCGCUUCUUCCCUAGCGGGGCCAAGAACAGCCCCGACCUCUCUCGGAUCGUUAAUCAACGCCAGUUUCAACGUAUAAAGAAGCUGCUCGACUCGACCCGGGGCAAAAUCGUCAUGGGUGGUGCAACCGACGAGGCCAGCCUCUUCAUCGAGCCCACCAUUGUACAGGUGGAUUCUAUCGAUGAUCCCGUCAUCUGUGAGGAGACCUUCGGGCCCGUCUUUGCCAUCCUACCGUACGACACCCUAGAUGAAGCCAUCAACUCGGCCAACCAGCUCUGCGACACCCCCUUGGCCCUCUUUGUCUUUGGCAAUGAAGAGGAAAGCAAGAAAGUCCUCGGUAGUGUCACCUCUGGCGGUGCCACCAUUAACGACGGCUAUACCCACGCCUCGAUCCCAACCCUUCCCUUAGGAGGUAUUGGAAGUUCCGGCACGGGCUCCUACCGCGGACGUGCCUCGUUUGAGGUCUUCACCCACCGUCGCAGUGUUGCCGUGGUCCCUGCUUGGGUUGACAAACUGCUGCGCGUCCGCUACAUGCCAUACUCUCCCAAGGAGCUUGCCCGCCUGAGAAGCAUGAGCGCCCUCCGCUGCGAUUUUGACCGCGCCGGUCGUCCCAUCCGCGGCCUACGCUACUGGCUUGUCUUGGUUCUCGGACUCGGUUCCCCGACUUUCAAGGGCGCUCUUUUCCGGUGGGCUGUAGCCCUGGCCGGAGUCUUCGUGGCAAGGCAACGGGGGCUUCUGGACUUUAUCGGGAAUUGAGUUGCCCGUCUUUUUAUGUAUUGAUAAUUGCUGUAUAUAACGGAGCUGGUAUGCAGAUCUAGGUGUAUUAUAUGAUGUACGAGGUACGAGGAAGCCUCAUGGAUUUUCUCUCAUAAUAACAGACCCCAGACGAAU